UGGAAGAGGAGUUGCUUCUUGUGUGACAGGCAGUUCCUGUGUUACAUGAGGUCUUGUUGCAUGACAAGUUCUCCCAGUGCCACUGUGUGAUAUCUGCACACAGCAGGAUGACCUGGAGGACAUGUUAAGUGUCAAAUGGCAGGACCGUGACUAGAUUCCUACCCCUUGGAUUUGGUGCACAUAGAGAGAAAAUAAGCGUUUAUAUAAACCAAACCACCAAAUGACUGAUAUGGCAGGAAAAGCUGCUUCCACUUCCAACCUGGUUGUUGUCACAGGUUUUGGACCUUAUAGAAACUACAUUGUGAACUCCAGCUGGGAAGCAGUGAAGGAGUUUUCAAAGCUUGGUCUUGAUAAAAACGUGGAACUCAAGGUCAUGGAGUUUCCAGUGAAAUAUAGCGAGGUUGAAAAGAAAGUCAGACAUAUAUGGACAGAACUAAAGCCUCAACUUUCUGUGCAUGUUGGAAUGGUGUCCUCAGCCAAAGCAAUCACCCUAGAGCAGUGUGCACGAAACAAAGGCUACAUGGAAAAGGAUCUAAGCGGAGCUCUCCCACAAGGCGGCUGCUGUUUGCUGGGAGGACCAGAAAGAAUUGAGUCUGUCGUUAACAUUAAAAGUGUCUGCAAAAACAUUGCACAGCCGGAAAUUGAUGUUAUUCGCUCUUGUGAUGCUGGGAGGUAUUUAUGUGAGUAUACCUACUACAUCUCUUUGCACUAUGGAGAGAGGAAAGCAGUGUUCAUCCAUGUACCUUCCUUAAAGAGAACCAUAACUGCAGCAAAGCUGGCUCAUGUUUUAAGACUGAUUAUUAAAGAAGUAAUGAGUCAGAUUGGCUGAUCUUCAGAGAACACAAAUCCAUCUUUUCCUGGAUGAAAAGGCUGCAUUCUGAAUUUAACAGCUGAUGUGCAUAAUAUCUUGUUUGUUUGAUUGUUUCUUUUAUUAAUAAAAAAAAUAUGAUACACCACCA